GCGUGGCCGGCCUGUGAAAUGUCAGGGAGGAAUGGCGCUCGGCGCGGUAUUUUGAACAAUCGCUUUUUCCUUUCCCUGUUUUAUCUGGAAACGCUGCCCAGCGUUAAAAUCUCGGGAUUAACAGAGACCUGAGACAUUGUCAGCAUGGAUGUGGUGUCACCAGAGCUGAACAGCCUCCUUCCUGAUGAAAUCAUGGAUACCGAGGCCAUAGAGGACGUCCCUCACUCCCAGUCCGACGGCACCACAGUCCAGUCGGAGCAGAGCCUCGACGCGUCGGUGCCCAUGGAAACGGACGCAUCGGAGAGCGCGAUCGUUUGUCCGGACGCAGCCUCGGCGGAGCUCUCACAGACUCUGGUCCCCUCCACAGCCACAGACUCCACCCUCAGCUCAGGAAGUCAGCCCUCCAUCUUAGUCUCCUCCGCCUCGUCGCCCCUCCUUACCCUAAAACCAGUACUGGCCACUUCAACGGCCACAACCAAAACCACGGACAGUGUGAGUGGGACCAGUGUUUCCACGAGCGGCUUGCAAAAGCUCACCGCCCCCUUCACCAUCUCCCCCGCCAACCACCAGAUCAUUCUCAACAAGGUGGCCUCGUCUCAGGCCACAGAAGCAGCCAUAUCCCAGUCCCAGCUCAUCAAGCAGGACGGACAAAAGCUUUUGCUCACAGCAAUCGGGAAGUCGGGGCAGCCCUUUGUGCUCCAGAUACCCCACACAGGCAGCAAAGCCGGGCUUCCACAGGCUUCAGGGGACGCCAAGGGGCAAGCCCCGCAGUUUAAGGUGGUGACCAUCGGCGGGCGGUCGGAGCUGAAGCCGAUGGUGGGCAGCUCCGGGAACCAGGUGACAACGUUACAGGCCCAGCAGCUGAAGACUGUACAGAUUCCCAAGAAACCGCCAGCAUCCUCAGCAGCUCCGAUCAAGUUUAUCAUCACAAAAACAGUCAACAGCAAAGGGCUAAACCCGCAGACCUCCGUCACUCCUGUAAUAGCAGGUCGGGUCCUAACGCAGACAUCACCAGUGAUGUCCACGAGGACCAUCACUCUCUCUGAGCCUCACAACACCACACUACAAAGCAUACCCGGAAAAAAGAUCGCCAUAUCGCCCCUCAAGACCCCCAGCAAGGUGACGGUGGUUUCCGUGGCCUCUCCGCCCUCCAACGCCCCCCAGAAGUCUGUAGCACUGCCUGUUAAUGUAGCCCUCGGCCAGCAGAUCCUCACAGUCCAGCAGCCCACAUCUGCCUCCCCGGUCAAGGUGGCCGCCAAUCAGAGCCCGGCGCAGAGUAUGAAACCUGUGCAGUCGGUGGUGGUGGGAGGAGUGGGCGGCUCCCAGUUCAAGAACAUCAUCCCUCUGGCCGCGCAGCCCAACGUCCAGCAGAUCCAGGUGCCGGGCAGCAGGUUCCACUACGUCCGGCUGGUCACGGCCACCACGGCCAGCAGCACGGGGCAGCCCGCCGGGCCCAGCACCAGCUCGGUCCAGACAGGACCUCUAAAGUCCACAUCUAAGCUAUGGGCAGCCAACCCUGACUACCAGCUUCAUCAAGUCUUAGAGGUGGCGCCCAAACCCUUAACGUCGGCCACUCAGGUGGUGACCACCACCCAGACGCAGCAGCGUUUGAUCAUGCCGGCCACGCCGCUGCCCCAAAUCCAGCCCAACUUCACCAACCUGCCCCCGGGCACCGUCCUGGCGCCGGCCCACGGCGCCGGCAACGUCGGCUACGCCGUGGUCCCCGCGCAGUACGUCACACAGGUCAGCGGCCCCCUACUCCCUGCCCUCUGCGAUCACCCCAGCGCCCCCCCCCCCCCCCCCUCCGCCCCUUGCCCCCCGCCGGGCUCUCUGCCCCCUGACCCUCACCGGCCCCGUCUGCCCUCCCAGAUCCAGCAGCAGCCGUUCGUGACGCUGGCCAGCAGCUCGGGUUUCCCCGCCGCCGUGUUUCAACAGCAGAAACCACCUCCAGACCAAGGAAACCCUGCAACUGCACCAAGUCGCAGUGUCUCAAACUGUAAAUACUGCGACUGCUUUGCAAACGGAGAGUUCUGCAACAACUGCAACUGCAACAACUGCUUCAACAACCUGGAGCACGAGACCGAGCGCCAGAAAGCCAUCAAGACGUGUUUGGACCGAAACCCGGAGGCCUUCAAGCCUAAAAUCGGCAAAGGCAAAGAGGGCGAGUCGGACCGCCGGCACAGCAAAGGCUGCAACUGCAAGCGCUCCGGCUGCCUGAAGAACUACUGCGAGUGCUACGAGGCGAAGAUCAUGUGCUCGUCCAUCUGCAAGUGCAUCGGCUGCAAGAACUUCGAGGAGAGCCCGGAGCGGAAGACGCUGAUGCACCUGGCCGACGCGGCCGAGGUCCGGGUCCAGCAGCAGACCGCCGCCAAGACCAAGCUGUCCUCGCAGAUCUCAGACCUGCUCAUGCGCACCACGCCCGUCAUCACCAGCGGAAGCGGGAGGAUGCCGUACACGUUUGUAACCAAGGAGGUGCUGGAGGCCACCUGCGAGUGUUUGCUGGAACAGGCCAAGAAGGCCGAACAGACUCUGCAGCCUCAGGCGGAGGCCGAGCGCAUGAUCCUGGAGGAGUUCGGACACUGCCUCAUGAGCAUCAUCAGCUCGGCGGGGAAGGCCAAAGCAGAAUGCGCCUCCAUCAACUGCUGAGUGCGGGUUCCUGACUCUCCCCCCGGGGUGCCCCCCCCCCCAUCAGAGCCAAGGAGGCUGGCAGACGCUUCGGGGUCCCCAGGUGUGUGUGCUGCAGGGGGGACCGGGUCAGAACAGUGGCCUGAGGCCAGCGGCCCCCCCCCCCCACCCCCCCCAGGCCGGAGGCACAAAGGUGGAGCUGCUUCAACGGAAGAUGAAACUGAGCUGCCUUCAGAUUUGGGCCCAACGGGAGUUGAACCUUUUUCUUUUCCUCACCAGAUCUGUUUUGUCCAAACUUCUGCUCCUCUGUUUUCCCUCCGUUUUUCUCCUGUUCCGUCAUUCAAAGGUUUUGUUUUUUUUGUUGUUUUUUA